AUGCAGCCGCGCAGGGAAUGCGGGAGGGCUGGGAUCUGGGAGCAGCGGGAGGGCCAGGGCUGCCAAGAUAGAGCUGGACAAGGUGCCGGGGAGGCGGCGAAGAGCUACUUACUGGUACGCCGUACGCGAGGGUUGCCCGCUGCAGUUGCCGGGAACACAUGGGUGCAGGAUCGGCGGCUGGCGGUCGCCCCAAGUGACUCUCCCGCGGUCCCAGCGCGUAGGCAACGCGGGCGCUCCGAGGCGGGCGGGACUGACACCCGGACCCUCCCCAGCCCGGCCCGUCCUUUCCUCCUUCCUCCGCACUUUCCUCUCGGGUAUGAUUCCUCGGGAGGCAAAAUACACUCCACCACCUCUCCUCCACUUUACUCGGCCGCCGCCCCGGGCGGGACCCCCCGUGGACGACUCAGUUGUGGGGCCGUGUACGGGGCCAGAAACGAGGGGCCGGGCGGCGGCGGCGGCGCGGGGGGAGAGGAGCUGACGGGGGAAGGGGAGGGACUCCCCAAGUCCUCUCGGGACGCAGCGGGAGUCCUGGCUUCUAGGGGUUGGGGCGGAGCGUGGGUCCCGUUUCCCAGAGCCCUCCUGGUGCUGGGGUGUGGGUACUGGUUGCAGAGGGCUGAAGAGGUGGAUGCCAGCUCUGUUCCACUCGCUCCGGCUCCAUCGGUAGCUCCGGGUGCCUUGAGCGGUACAGCCGGGGAUGAAGGGGAGAAAAGGACAAGAGAUGAAAAAGCCGUCAGGGAAGGCGUAUUGGAAGGAAAGGGGGAAGGCUGCAGCCCUUACAUGGGAAAAAAAGGGCUAAUCUCCCGAUGGUGUGCGUGUGGUGGAAUCAGACUUCUGAGAUGUUGGGCUGACACAUCUAAACCUGAAUCCCGGCCUAAAAACUUAGCUCUAAAUAGAAGAGUCUUUCUCCACUUCCAUUCCACUACUGUUAAAUGAAUAGUAC